AUGGACAAAUUUGACUCAUCGUUAGACUUAAUCAGAAGAUUGGAUCCACGUUCCAUAACUACCAAUUUAUCCAACAUCUGUGCAUUAAUUUCUGAAGACGAGGAAUUGGUUGCCGAUCUAUUAUCUUCUGUGGAUACCCCAUUAACAACUUCAACAUGUUUGAAAUCAGGUAAAGAUUACUUGUGUUGUGACUAUAAUCGUGAUGGUGAUAGUUACCGUUCACCAUGGACUAAUAUAUAUUACCCUGAGUUGUCACUGCAAGAUGUGAAUGAUGCACCUUAUCCUUCUUCAAUAUUACGUGAUUUGGAAAUCAAAGCUAAUGAUUCAUUCGACAUUUAUCGAGACUUAUACUAUGAAGGUGGUAUAUCAAGUGUUUACUUGUGGGAUACUUCUGAAGAAGAUGAGGAGGUAGAUUCCACAACAGCAUUACAAAACGGAUUUGCUGGCGUCGUCUUGUUCAAGAAAGAAACCGAAGACAAGUCGGGCAAUUGGGAUAGUAUUCAUGUCUUUGAAGUUGUUCCACAAUCUAAAAAUAGAUAUUUGUAUAAACUCACAACUUCAGUUGUUUUAAACUUGGAAAACAAAAAGCAAGUGGGUGGUAAUUUAGGACUUGCUGGCAAUUUAACCAGACAAUUGGAACAGGAACAAUCAAUUGAGCUAGAUGGUUCCAUUAAUCCAGAAACUAGUCAUUUGAUUAAUUUGGGUCAAUUGGUUGAAAAGCUGGAGUAUAACAUUAGAAAUUUGUUGCAAGAAGUGUAUUUUGACAAAUUGAAAGAUAUUAUGUUGAAAGAUUUAAGAUCAAUGGGCGAUAUAAACGAUAAAAAGUUAGAUGAUUUGAAACAAAAUGCUAUUAUUAAAGGAUUACAGGGUUUAUAA